UGUCAUGGGAGAUGAAAUAAACAAUGUAUAUCUUGAAGAAAAGACGAAAUAUAUUUUUCUGCCUUCAUUUUGCAUCGUCCAGUAGUAAGAUGAUGGCUUUUAUCCAUAUUAUGUAAGAUGUACAGUACAUGUACUGUACCGCCCGUCUCAAGUUCUUUGAGUUUUUCCUUCCAUUAGGAAGGAAAUACCAAUGAGUCGUAUCUUUAUUUAGUAUUUAGUACCUAACGAUACCCAUUUUAUCUCUUACUACUGUCAUCGUUUUGAAGCGAUAUACUUAUCAUCUAUGCAUAUGGCUCUACGAUGACUGACGUAGAUAUGAAAAUCGAUCCUCAGAGAGCUGCUGCUCUGGUAUCACAGAUUAAAACUGUGCGUGAGCGCAUCGCCGCUGUCGCCAAUGGCCGAGAUGUCCGCCUAGUCGCCGUCUCAAAACUGAAGCCGGCCAACGACAUUCUAGCGCUUAUGCAGCAGGCCUCACCGCCGCAGCUGGAUUUCGGUGAGAACUACGCCCAGGAACUGAGCCAAAAGGCUGAGCUGCUACCUCGUAGCGUACACUGGCAUUUCAUCGGCGGCCUGCAGUCCGGCCACUGCAAGAACCUAGCCAAGAUCCCCAACCUAUGGUGCGUGUCGAGCGUAGACACGGAGAAGAAAGCGCAACUCCUAGAUAAGCACCGCGGCGAAUUCCUCGCCUCCUUCUCCUCCUCUCCCGCCCCCUCCAAACUCAACAUCCACAUCCAAGUCAACACCUCAGGCGAGGAUUCCAAGUCCGGCUGCGCCCCGGGACCCGCCACCCUCGCGCUCGCGCGCCUCGUCGAGUCGUCGGCGAACCUGCACCUGCUCGGCCUGAUGACCAUCGGCGCCAUCGCGCGCAGCGUCGCCACGACGCCCGAGAACGAGAACGAGGACUUCGUGGCGCUGCGCGAGCAGCGCGACAUGGUGCAGAAGGAGCUGGGCCUGGAUAGGGAGCUCGAGCUGAGCAUGGGCAUGAGCGAGGAUUACGAGGGCGCGAUUGUGAUGGGGAGCGGUGAGGUGAGGGUCGGGAGCACGAUAUUUGGGGUUAGGGGGCCGAAGAGCGAGGCUAAGAUUAGGGAGUAGACUACCUAUGUAGGGUUUA